AUGUCAGGUCGUCGCAGUCAGCGCUCUGCGGCCGUCAAGGCUAAAGAAGCAAUUACCGACAAUGCCAUACUCGAUAGAGCUUCGUCUCGAUCAGGUCGCAGGGUGUUUGAAAAUGUUUCUAGCGCAACUGUUUCACGUGGAAGUCUAACAGUCAAACUCUCAUCUAGUAAACUGCGAGAAGCCACUCGAUCAAGUCCCCUGGCCCCUCCAGCCAGUAUUGCAAAAAAAGAGGGUCUUUCUGGAGGCGAGAUCAUCCAGGAUAAGAGAACCAGAAAUGUCAGAAAAAGUUAUGUCCUGGAAUCUGAUAGCAAUGAGGAAGAGGAUGAGGAUGAAGAGAUGGAGGAUCUGGGAGAUGAGGACGCUGAGGGUGAAGACGAGGAAAUUGAAGAUGAGGAUAUGGACGAGGACGGAUUGGGCAGCGAAGAUGCCGAAGGCGAUAUUGAUAUGGAUGCCCCGCCUCCACCACCAGUCAUCAAAAUUUCUAGGGCGCAAAAUGGAAAACAGACCAUUGUCGCCAAGCCAGGCCCAAAACUCGACAACAAGACCGUCGUAGAAAAAGAAACUGGGAUCAACAGCGAUGACGAUGAGGAAUUGAGCGAAUUAGAUAGUGAAAUUGGAGAUGAGGUUGAAGAGGAGGAAGCCAUGCAGACGGGCAAUGAAGAAGACGCUGAAGGCGAGGAAGACAUUGAUGCCGAGGGCGAAGAUGAUGAAGAACUUGAUAGCGAUGACGAAACACCUGGCGAUGGUAGUCGAGCUUCAACUCCUGAUCUUACCAAAUUGACAAAGAGACAACGAGCAAGAAUUGAAGAGCAUGGAAGCGGUCAUUUGUUGUCCCUGCCAGAUGGUAAGUUCUCAAUUCCACUUUCAGCGUCCCUUAUCUGACCAUAUUCACAGAAGUACAAGUCAAGAAACAUUUGACUGCUGAAGAGCAUGCUAUGCGACGAGCAGAGAUGGCACGUCGUCGGAAAAAUCUCAGUGAGAAACGUAAUGAAGAGGAAAAGGUAUGUCCCAAAAUGUUAUGUAUCAUAAGUAUCAUGAGCUGAUUUAAUUCAGAUGGAAACCAUCAAUAAACUCCUCAAAAAACAAGCACCCAAAACCAAUGCACGCCGUCGAGAACUCAACGGAAAUAGUGAUGGAACUCCCAAUGUGGAGCCCCAGAAAGCAGAUCCUCUAUUCGUCAGAUGGGUCAGCAACAAAGAUGGUAAUCGUAUCGGUGUCCCUGAGGAGUGGCUGGGUGCUCCCGUCGGAGGAUUGUUCCGUGGUGCUGCUAAGCCUGAUGGUGGUAUGGGAAUGGGAGGCAAGCUUAUUCAAGAAGUUUCGUGAGUGGGUGGUUUCAAGUGGGGUGUGGUACUCGAGCAUGAGAUGAAAACUUGAGGGGGCUUUGGGGACUUUGGGAGGCUUGUAGAUGAGGUUGUAUUAUUUAGAAAUUUCUUCAUGAAUGGAAAUAUCAGCAAAUUUGUGAACGUGGUAA